AUGACAGUAGAACAGAAAUGGUGGAAAGACGCUUCAAUUUAUCAAAUUUGGCCCGCUUCGUAUAAGGAUUCGAACGGAGAUGGGGUAGGGGAUAUUCCUGGGAUCAUAUCUAGCUUGGAUUACGUGAAAUCAUUGGGGGUUGAUGUUAUUUGGUUGUCGCCAAUGUAUGAUUCGCCCCAGGACGAUAUGGGUUACGAUAUCAGUGAUUAUGAGAAGGUUUAUCCAAAGUACGGGACUUUGAAAGAUAUGGAUGAAUUGAUUAGCCAAGUGCAUAAGAGAGGGAUGCGGUUGAUUUUGGAUUUGGUUAUUAAUCAUACUUCUUCGGAACACCAGUGGUUUCAGGAGUCGAGAUCUUCUAAAACCAACCCCAAGAGAAACUGGUACAUUUGGAAACCUCCAAGAUACGAUGAGCACGGUAAUAGACAUCCUCCUAACAACUGGGGGUCCUAUUUUUCCGGGAGUGCUUGGACUUAUGAUGAAUUAACUGAUGAAUACUACUUACAUCUUUUCGCUGAGAGACAACCGGAUUUGAAUUGGGAACUGGAAGAAACCAGAAAAGAAAUCUAUAGAUCAGCAGUUAGUUUUUGGUUUGAAAAGGGAAUUGAUGGUUUCAGAAUCGAUACUGCUGGAAUGUACUCCAAGGUUCAGACUUUCCCAGAUGCUCCGAUUGUGUUCCCCGAUACUGAAUGGCAGCCAUGUAAAGAAUUCCAUCAAAGUGGACCAAGGAUCCAUGAAUUCCAUCGUGAAUUGUACGAUCAGGUUUUCUCCAAGUAUGACGCCAUGUCCGUGGGUGAGGUUGGUCAUUCUACCCGGGAAGACGCUUUGAAAUACGUUGGUGCCCAUCGUAAAGAGAUGAAUAUGAUGUUUUUAUUUGAUAUGGUGGAAGUGGGUGCCGAUCCCGCUGAUAGAUUUAGAUAUAAAGGUUUUGACCUAACUGAUUUUAAAAAAGUGGUCAAAUCCCAAUGUGAAUUCACGGAGGGUACUGAUGCUUGGUCCACUGUUUUCAAUGAAAACCAUGACCAACCUAGAUCAAUUACUCGUUUUGCCAAUGAUUCUCCUAAAACCAGAGUAAAAUCAGGUAAAUUAUUAACUUUACUUCAAACUUCUUUAACUGGUACUUUAUUCAUCUAUCAAGGUCAAGAAAUUGGUAUGACCAAUAUCCCAAGAUCCUGGUCCAUCGAUGAUUAUUUGGAUAUAAACUCUAUCAAUUACUAUAAACAAUUUAAGGAAAAAUAUGGUGAUGAUAAAGAAAAAUUAGAAAAAUUAAUGGAUAGCAUUAAUUUAUUAGCUAGAGAUAAUGCCAGAACCCCAGUUCAAUGGGAUUCAUCCGAUAACGCUGGUUUUACCACCGGUACUCCUUGGAUGAAAGUUAACGAUAAUUAUAAAGAAAUUAACGUUGCUGCUCAAGUUAAUGAUCCAAAUUCGUUAUUUUCAUUCUGGCAAAAAUCUUUGGCUCUUAGAAGAAAGUAUAAAGAGCUUUUUGUUUAUGGUUCAUUUGAAAUUUUGGACUUUGCAAAUAAGAAAACUUUUACUUUCCUUAAGAAAAAUGGUGAUCAAAAGGCUUAUAUUGUCUUAAACUUUGCUAAUGAAUCAAUUAAAUUCGAAAAAUUAGUAGACGAAGAAUUAAAAUUGAUUAACUCCAAUGUUGAUCAGGUCGAUGAAACUACUUUGACUCCUUAUGAAGGAAGAGUCUACUUAGUUAACUAA